AUGGUGAACGAGGACAAAUGGGAGCUGAAGCCGCAUCCCGUGAUUCCCCGCGGGAAGCCGCUCGUGCUUAUGAUCCUCGACGGAUGGGGAGAGAAUGUCGAGGACGACUAUAACGCGAUCUACAAGGGCAACUGCCCGCACAUCAAGGCGCUGCGCGAGAACCGCCCCAACCGCUGGCGCACGAUCAAGGCGCACGGCAAGGCCGUGGGGCUGCCGAGCGACGGCGACAUGGGGAACUCGGAAGUCGGGCACAACGCCAUGGGCGCGGGGAAGGUCAUCAACCAGGGAGCGGCGCUGGUCGACACCGCGCUCGAGACGGGCGACAUGUUCAAGAGCGAGGGCUUUAACUACGUCAGGGAGGCGUGGGACAACGGCGGCACCUUCCACAUGAUCGGGCUGCUCAGCGACGGCGGGGUGCACUCGCGCUACGACCAGGUGAUCGGCACCAUCCACGGCGCGUGGGAGCGCGGCGCGAAGCGCGUGCGCGUGCACGUGCUGACGGACGGUCGCGAUGUGCCGGACGGGUCAUCCCUGCAGUUCGUGGCGCAGCUUGAGAAGGACCUCGAGCUUCUGCGCGGGCAGGGCUGCGACGCCAAGAUCGCGUCUGGUGGCGGGCGGAUGCGCGUCACCAUGGACCGUUACGAGGCGGAUUGGAAUAUCGUGGAGCGCGGGUGGCACGCGCACGUGCUGGGCGAGGCGCCGUUCAAGUUCAAGUCCGCGCUCGAGGCGCUGAAGAAGAUCAAGGCGGACGAUCCGAGCGUGAACGACCAGUACUACCCGCCGUGGGUGAUCGUGGACGAUGAGGGCAAGCCCGUGGGGCCGAUUGUUGAUGGCGAUGCCGUUGUUAUCUGGAACUUCCGCGCGGAUCGGGUGAUUCAGAUCGCCAAGGCCUUCGAGUACCCGGACUUCCACCAGUUUGACCGCAUCCGCGUGCCCAAGGUGCACUUUGCGGGCAUGAUGCAGUACGACGGGGAUCUCAAGCUGCCCGCAAAGUUCCUCGUCGCGCCGCCCGUCAUCGAAAACACCUCCGGGCAGUACCUCGUGAAGAACGGCGUUCGCACCUUCGCUUGCAGUGAGACGCAGAAGUUUGGGCACGUGACGUUCUUUUGGAACGGCAACCGGUCGGGCAAGCUGGAUGAUGAGUUGGAAACCUACCACGAGGUGCCCAGCGACAACUGCCCCUUCAACGAGAAGCCCCUCAUGAAGGCGCGCGAGAUUGCGGCCGUGUGCAAGGAGGCGAUUCUGUCGGGGAAGUAUGACUACAUUCGGCUGAACGUGGCGAAUGGCGACAUGGUGGGGCACACUGGCGUGUUUGACGCUGUGCUGGAGGCGUGUGAGGCCGUGGACGGCAGUGUCAAGGAGCUGCUGGAGGCGGUGGAGCAGGUGGGCGGCAUCUAUUGUCUGACAGCGGACCACGGGAACUGUGAUGACAUGGUGCAGCGCAACAGCAAGACACACAAGCCCAUCCUCAGCCCCGACGGCACGCCAGCGCCUCUCACCUCGCACACCCUCGCCCCGGUUCCAAUCGCCAUUGGUGGACCAGUCGCACUCAGUUUACUCAUCGCCACUAGCGCCAGCCAGUCAACGGUUAGUAGCGAAACCGUCAGUAGUGCCGGCCAGUCAACUGGUAGAGGCGAGAUGCCGCCGCACGGAGCGCCGUUGAGUGGUAGCGUCGAGAGCAGCAGUCCUAACAGCUCGGGCAAUGCCAGCGGUAUUCUGAUUCCUAGGUGCGACCAGCGGCAGUACGAGGCGCUGGAGCUACCUAACGGGCUUACCGUGCUGCUUAUAUCGGAUCCUGAAACCGAUAAGGCUGCAGCGGCCAUGGACGUGGGAGUGGGGUCGCUCAGCGAUCCCGACGACGCGCCUGGCCUCGCUCACUUCUUAGAGCACAUGCUCUUCUAUGCUAGCGAGAAGUACCCUAUCGAGGACAGCUACAGUGACUUUCUCAACAAGCACAGCGGGCGGUCGAACGCAUACACGGCAGCGGAGAACACCAACUACCAGUUCGACGUGGCUGCUGAGUUCUUGGAUGAAGCGCUUGAUAGGUUCGCGCAAUUUUUCAUCGGCCCGCUCAUGUCAGCCGAUGCGACCAACCGGGAAAUCAAUGCGGUACACUCAGAGCACACCAAGAACCUGAUUUCCGACCCUUGGCGAAUCAACCAGCUACAAAAGAGCUUCUGCUCGCCCCAGCACCCGUUCUACAAGUUCAACGUCGGAUCGCUGGAGACGCUGAAGGAGGUGCCUGAGGCGAGUGGGAGGGACAUACGGCAGGAGUUGGUAACCUUUUAUGAGAAGUACUACUCUGCCAACCUCAUGCACCUCGUCGUCUAUGGCAAAGAAUCCCUCGCAUCGCUGCGGGCCAUGGUGGAGAGUCGCUUCGCCCUCAUCCCCAACAAGGCUCUGCAGCAGCCUGACAUCCCUGCCAACCCCUGCGGUCCCGAAUACACCAAGAAGCUAGUGCGGGCAGUGCCAGUGGCGGAGGGGCACAAGCUCGAGCUCGUGUGGCCCACCCCGGCGGACCAGCACCUGCACCGCGCCACGCCCUCACGCUACCUGGGGCACCUGAUUGGCCACGAGGGGCAUGGCUCGCUCUUCGCACUGCUCAAGAAGAAAGGGUGGGCCACGGCGCUAGGGGCAGGGCGCAGCCACAGCAGCAAGCAGUACGCCUUCUUUGCCGUCAACAUCGACCUCACGGACCUGGGCCAUGAGCACGCGAUGGAGGUGGCGGAGCUGGUGUUUCGGUACAUCGGGCUCAUUCAGAGCGGCCAGGGCAUUCAGAAGUGGAUCUUCGACGAGCUGGCAGCGGUGUGCGCCACCAAGUUCCACUUCCAGGACAAGCAGCAGCCGUUCUUCUACACCUCUGCCAUCUCUGCCGGCAUGCAGCUGUACCCACGGGAGGACUGGCUGGCAGGCGCCUCUCUGCCGAGAGACUUUGACCCCAAUGCUCUAGCUGACCUGGCCAAAGCCCUCACUCCCGACAACGUGCAGAUAUUUUGGCUGUCAAAGAAGUUUGAGGCGGAGGCAACAGAGGAGGAGCGCUGGUACAAGACAAAGCACUCCGCCCAGAGCAUCCCGGAUGACUUGCUGCAGCGCUGGAGGGAUGCAGUAACAGCUGCUCCUGAUGCUGACCCUUCACCACCUGCCACCACGCCUCCUAUGCCCAGUGCUGCUGCUGCUGCUGGUGGAGCCAGUGACAGUGCUGCUGCAGCAGCUGCUGCUGGUGGUGGUGCAGGCAGCGCAGCAGGGGAUGGUGGUGGGGACAGCAGCGAGCUGCAUCUGCCAGCACCCAACGAGUUUGUGCCCACCGACCUCGAUGUUCUCACACCACCCACAGGCAAGGUGUCCCCCCCCACGGUCAUCCACGCCACACCCAUGCUGCGCCUCUGGCACAAGCCCGACACGCUCUUCGGGCUACCCAAGGCGGUUCUCUUCAUGCAAAUCGCAUCGCCUGAAGCCUACACCUCCCCUCGCUCCGCCCUCCUCACUCGCCUCUUCGCCUCGCUGCUCCAAGACGCCCUCAACGCGUACGCGUACGAUGCGGAGAUUGCGGGGCUUAACUACUCGAUUGUGCCAAGCGUGCACGGCAUUCAGAUAUCGGCGUGGGGGUACAGCCAUAAGCUGCUGCUGCUGGUGGCUAAGAUCAUCGACCGCCUCGUCACCUACACUGUUGAUGCUGAUCGCUUCCACGUCAUCAAGGAGAAGGAGCAGCGGGAGUUUGAGAACUUCCGCUACGACCAGCCAUACGCGCAGGCCCUCUACUCCACGUCGCUGCUGCUGGCGCACCGGCGCUGGCACUUCUCCGACUACCUCGCCGCCCUGCCCGCUCUCCAACCAGAGCACCUCGCCGCCUUCCUCCCCUCGCUGCUCUCCCACGUCUCCCUCGAGCUCUUCGCCUCAGGCAACAUCGCCCCCACAGCAGCGAUAGCGUUCGCCCAGGAGACGGAAUCUCGUCUGCGGUCCAGCCCGAUCGCAGCAGCAGAGGCCCCUGUGCCCGCACAGCGGCCUGAGCUGCGCAUGGUGCGGCUGGGGGAUGGCAGUGCAGCUGUGCUGGCUGGGGAUAACCUCAACCCCGACGACGAGAACUCUGCUCUCGUGUUCUACCUGCAGGUGUGUCAGGACGGGGAGACCAUCAUCCUGCCGGCAGCCCCGGCAGCCCCAGCGCCCAGCAAGGAAGAAGCCGGCACCAGUGAAGUGACUCAGGCAACGGCGUCAGAGGCAGGGGGGGAGAGCGCGAACGGCGGGCUGAUUGUGGAGAAGCCGAAUGGGGAGGCAGCGGGGGUGAGCGUGCGAGCGCAUGUGGUGGCGCAGCUGCUGGUGCAGGUGGUGGAAAGGGAUGUGUUUUACGAGUUGCGCACCGUGCAGCAACUGGGUUACAUCGUCUUCCUCAUGUCUCGCAAUGAGAACGCAGUUCACGGCAUCACCUUCAUCAUCCAGUCAAACGUCAAGUCAGCGAGCGAUCUGGAUGGGCGGGUGGAGGCGUUUCUGCAGGCAGCAGAGAGCAAGCUGGCCAGUAUCACUGAGGAGGAGUUCCAGACCCAUGUGGCGGCGCUAGUGGCGAAGAAGCAGGAGAGGAAGAAGAAUCUGGUGGAGGAGGCGAAUGUGAUGUGGAAGGAAAUCGACGAUGCCAUGCUGGCCUUUGACCGCGUUGACCAGGAGGUGGCGGAGCUCCGAUUGCUGCGUCCAUCCCACGUGGCGCAUUUCUUUGCCACCGUGGUGAAGCAAGGCGCGCCCAAUAGGAGGCUGCUCAGCGUGCAGGUGCAGAGGCAUGACAAGGAAGCAGCGCCGGAGGAAGCAGCACCCGAGGAAGCAGCACCGGAGGAAGCAGCAACAACCUGUGCAGCGGAAAGCGCCCCCGAGCCUGCUGUGAAUGGUUCAGACAGCACUGCUCCCGUCUGUGCCGUAAGCCCUGAGAGUGGAGCAAGUGAUGCUGCCAGUGGAGGCAAGGAGGGAGCGAAAGAGUUGGUGGCAGCAUCAAGCAAGGAGAAGAGGGAAGUCAUUGACAACAUUUAUGAUUUCAAACGCUCCCAGGCUCUUUAUCCUUCGCUCAAAGGAAGGCCACUUCCGUCUUGCAUUGUAUCGUCAUAG